AUGCCGCUGGUCCGCAACCCCAUCCUGCCCGGCUUCAACCCGGACCCGUCCAUCGUGCGGGUGGGCGAGGACUACUACAUCGCCACGUCCACCUUUGAGUGGUUCCCCGGCGUGCAGAUCCACCACUCGCGCGACCUUGCCAACUGGGAGCUGGUGGCGCGGCCGCUGAACCGCAGGAGCCAGCUGGACAUGCGCGGCAACCCGGACAGCUGCGGCAUCUGGGCGCCGUGCCUGACGCACGACGGGGAGCGCUUCUGGCUCGUGUACACGGACGUCAAGCGCAAGGACGGCUCGUUCAAGGACACGCACAACUACAUCGUCACGGCGCCGGCCAUCGCGGGGCCGUGGUCCGACCCGGUGCACGUCAACUCGUCCGGCUUCGACCCGUCGCUGUUCCACGACGACGACGGCCGCAAGUGGUUCGUCAACAUGCUGUGGGACCACCGCCGCCGCCCGCGCCUGUUCGCGGGCAUCGCACUGCAGCAGUUCGACCCCAAAGCCGGGAAGCUGGUUGGCCCGCGCAAGAACAUCUUCCCGGGCACCGAGCUGGACCUCGUCGAGGGCCCGCACCUGUACAAGCGCAACGGGUGGUACUACCUGCUCACGGCCGAGGGCGGCACGGGCUACGAGCACGCCAUCACGCUGGCGCGCUCGCGCGACAUCUGGGGGCCCUACGAGACGCACCCGCACAACCCGCUCCUGACGUCGGCGCACCAUCCGCACAUCGCCCUGCAGCGCGCCGGCCACGGCGACAUCGUCGACUCGCCCGACGGCAGCCAGACCUACCUGGUGCAUCUCACCGGCCGACCGACGACCCAACUGCGCCGUUGCGUCCUGGGCCGCGAGACGGCCAUCCAGCGCGCCCACUGGGCCGCCGACGACUGGCUGUACGUCGAGAGCGGCCUGCCCGACGCGCCCAACGUGCCUAAGCUGCACGUCGAAGUGCCGGGCACGUUCGACGAGGCCAAGUACUGGGCGCCGCAGCGGUACACCUUCUCAUCCGAGUCCGGCCUGCCGCAGGACUUCCAGUGGCUGCGCACGCCGGAACCGGAGCGCAUUUUCCGGAUUGAUGACGACGGGAAGAAGCUGGUGCUGAUCGGGCGCGAGAGCGUCGGGUCGUGGUUCGAGCAGUCCCUGGUCGCGCGGCGGCAGACGCAUUUCUCGUUUGAUGCCGAGACGGUGAUUGAUUUUGCCCCCGUGGAUGAGCGGCAGUAUGCGGGGCUCGUGGCCUACUAUUGUCGGUUUAACUUUUUUUAUCUGACCGUUACGGCAGACGCGGACGGGCAGCGCGAGCUGCUUAUUAUGGCGUCUGAGGCGUCGUUUCCGCUGGGCGGGCUGAGGUUUCCGUUCCCUGAGGCGGUGCGGAUUCCGAACGAGGGGAAGGUGAGGCUGAAAGUGACGAUUCGGGGGCGGGCGCUGCAGUUUUGGUAUGCCCUGGUGGCGGAGGGGGGGGAGGAGUGGAAGAAGGUUGGGCCGGUGUUUGAUGCGAGUAUUUUGUCGGAUGAGUGCGGCGGGCACCAGGUGCAUGGGAGCUUCACGGGUGCGUUUGUGGGUGUGGCCGCGUCGGAUCUGAAUGGGACCGCGGCCGAGGCGAGGUUUGAUUAUUUCGAGUAUCGGCCGGUGCAGGACAAGAGUGAUCGGUAUGAGCUGAGCGGUCAGGCGAACUGA